AGAUGAUGAUGAGUCAUAGAGACCAUUCACCAAGCUUAUAAGUAGUACUAGUAAAUCCACACCAAAACAUGAUAAAUAUAUUCAACAGAGAAACUCCGAUCAAGAAUAUUCAUUAUUUCACCAGCGAGUAAAAGGAUCAUAAGAGAAUUCAAGUAUGGUGCUUUUACCGGCUUUUUUGGAUGGAUUUGCGAGAACCGUAUCGACAAAGAAAGGCAAAAAUCCUCCGGGAGAUGAAGAUAAAGGGAGAGAGAUCGCAAAAUCGAUGAUCAAAGACUCGAAGAAGAACUCGAGUUUGCUCGGUACUUCGGGAUUUGUUAGCUCGGAAAUUUCUAAGAGAUUUACCUCUAUUUGUUCUAAUAGAGGUGAGAAAGGAAUCAACCAAGAUCGUGCUAUUGUUUGGGAGGGAUUUGGAUGCCAAGAAGAUAUAACAUUUUGUGGCAUGUUUGAUGGGCAUGGACCAUGGGGACAUGUGAUAGCCAAAAGAGUUAAAAAAUCAUUUCCAUCUUCUCUGCUUUGCCAAUGGCAACAAACUCUUGCUUCCUUAUCAUCGUCGCCGGAAUGUUCCUCUCCGUUGGAUCUCUGGAAGCAAGCUUGCCUGAAAACAUUCUCCGUCAUCGAUCUUGAUCUCAAGAUUAAUCCUUCCAUUGAUUCUUACUGCAGCGGCUGCACCGCUCUAACCGCUGUUUUACAGGGUGAUCACCUUGUUAUAGCAAAUGCUGGUGACUCACGAGCUGUACUAGCAACAACUUCUGAUGACGGAAGCGGUUUAGUGCCGGUUCAGCUCUCGGUAGACUUUAAACCAAACAUUCCCGAGGAAGCAGAACGGAUUAAACAAUCGGAUGGACGAUUGUUCUGCCUAGACGAUGAACCGGGAGUGUACCGGGUGGGUAUGCCGAAUGGAGGAUCACUCGGUUUAGCUGUUUCAAGAGCAUUCGGAGAUUACUGCCUUAAAGACUUCGGUUUAGUCUCUGAACCGGAAGUAACAUACCGAAAGAUAACCGAUAAGGACCAGUUCCUCAUCUUGGCCACCGAUGGGAUGUGGGAUGUGAUGACGAACGAUGAGGCAGUGGAGAUAGUAAGAGGAGUCAAAGAGAGAAGAAAGAGCGCAAAGAGAUUAGUAGAGAGAGCUGUGGUGCUUUGGCGUAGGAAGAGAAGAAGCAUCGCCAUGGAUGAUAUUUCUGUUCUCUGUCUCUUCUUUCGCCCUUGUUAGUUUAACUCUUCUUUAGCUUCUCUUACAUAUAUAUACAUCUAUCAAUGUAUUUUGAGCGUCAAUGAACAAAGAAAAUGUUAUAUACAGAAUACGUUUUUACAUAAGAGUAAUAUUUACUGUGAUGGGAGACUUAAGAGUUUCAUCAUUUAUUUUUUUUUGUAAA